AUGAUCAUUCGAGGAAACGUUCAGAGUCUUCAGGAACAUUGGCCCUAUGUAUCCUCUUCUCUCAACGAUUAUUAUAAUGGUCAUACAUUUUUAUAUGUUGCUUGUAUUUUGGAGGAUCUUCACUACAAGCACAUGGAAACUGUGAAGUUGUUGUUGCAACAACCAACGAUUGAAAUUGAUGAAACAUCAAAACAGUUUGCUAAACGCCAAAGAAUUGGAGAUUUGGAAGAACUUCAACAACAAUUAUUAUUUUCUGCAUGCAUGAAUGUUACCAUCAAUAAUGUGACCUAUUUAUAUUGGAAACAAAACGACCGCAUUUCUCUCAACAAAGAUUUGAGCCACAAACAUGACCAAACAAUAUUUGGAACUUGCAUCAUUGCAUUUCAACCUCUUCUUUCAAAAUUGGUUCCAUCUUUUCACAAACAAGUGAUUCAAAAUCAGAAAUUUAUCGAAUCCUUGCAUCAUGAAAAGGAGAUGGCAGUAUUGCAGUCAAUGAUUGAUUUUGUAUUGUAUGGAGCUCAUGAAGUGGAAGUGAAAAAUACAGAAUCUGCUCUGAUCAUUCUUGCAUUACUCAAUCGGGUAGAAGGAGAGUUUAUUGAUCUAAAAAAAGAAGUGUGUUGA